AUGAGAGAUGCCGAGUAUGAGGUUGAGCGCGUGGUUGGUCGGAGGCGGCGCAAUAGUGUUAUUGAAUAUCUUCUUAAAUGGAGGGGUUAUCCUGAGUCGGAAAACACCUGGGAGCCAGAAACUAAUCUAGAUUGUUCAAAGCUUAUAUCUGAAUUUGAGGAACGGAGAAGAACUAAACUUCUUAAGUCUAAUGACGCCGUGAUAUCCAUUAACGAUGGCAAACCUUCUGUGGGUCGUUUUUCAUUCUUAUUGCUCAGGUCGCAAUCGAAAUAA